GGGAGAUGGGUGAAGCUGGGGGGGUGUGCGCCGUCACCCGCACAGACUCCAGGGCAGCGAGGAGGGAACUCCAGCUCUGCUUCCAGCGGGGAGAGACAGGCUGCUGCUGAAAGAAAGUACAAGCUGGCAGGAUCAUGACAGAGCCAAGCAACAGAAAGGAAGGAUUUAAAAAAUGCCGGAGUGCUACUUUCAGCAUUGAUGGCUAUAGCUUUACGAUUGUUGCAAACGAGGCAGGUGACAAAAACGCACGACCACUUUCACGAUUUGCCCGAUCUAAAUCACAAAACUGCUUAUGGAACACCAUUAUUGGUGGGCUGACUGGAAACCUCAAGGAAAGGCCAAAGCCGACCAUCGUCAGUGACCCUAGACCUCCUGAGGAAAUCCUGGCAGAUGAACUGCCACCAGUGGACAGUCCUGAGGCAUUGGUGAAAACAUCUUUCAGGUUACGGUCUUUGGUAAAGCAGUUAGAGAGGGGGGAAGCUUCAGUUGUAGACCUAAAGAAGAAUUUGGAAUAUGCUGCCACUGUUCUUGAGUCAGUAUACAUUGAUGAAACCAGGCGUUUACUGGACACAGAAGAUGAACUCAGUGACAUCCAGUCUGACUCUGUGCCCUCGGAGGUCCGGGACUGGUUGGCUUCUACCUUCACGCGGCAAAUGGGGAUGAUGCUCAAAAGGACGGAGGAAAAGCCCCGGUUCAGGAGUAUUGUCCAUGCAGUACAAGCUGGGAUAUUUGUGGAAAGAAUGUACAGACGGACUUCAAAUAUGGUCGGUUUGAGCUACCCACCAGCUGUAAUUGGAGUGCUAAAGAAUGUAGACAAGUGGUCCUUUGACGUGUUUGCACUAAAUGAUGCCAGUGGGGAUCAUGCACUGAAAUUCAUUUUCUAUGAACUUCUCACACGUUAUGAUCUGAUCAACCGUUUCAAGAUCCCCAUUUCUGCCCUGGUGUCCUUUGUGGAAGCUCUGGAGGUUGGCUACAGCAAACACAAAAAUCCUUACCACAACCUAAUGCACGCGGCAGAUGUGACACAGACGGUCCAUUACCUCCUUUUCAAGACAGGCAUAGCGCACUGGCUGACAGAGCUGGAGAUCUUCGCUAUGAUCUUCGCAGCUGCUAUCCAUGACUAUGAACACACUGGAACCACCAACAACUUUCACAUCCAGACCCGGUCAGACUCCGCCAUUCUCUAUAACGACCGAUCUGUGCUUGAAAAUCACCACGUUAGUGCAGCAUAUCGUCUUUUGCAAGAUGAUGAGGAGAUGAAUAUUUUAUCUAAUCUCUCAAAGGACGACUGGAGGGAAUUCAGGACUCUCGUGAUUGAAAUGGUGUUGGCCACUGAUAUGUCCUGUCACUUCCAGCAAAUCAAAGCCAUGAAGAAUGCUUUGCAGCAGCCAGAAGGAAUUGACAAGCCGAAAGCCUUAUCACUGUUGUUGCAUACAGCAGAUAUCAGUCAUCCAGCCAAGGCCUGGGAUCUCCACCAUCGCUGGACCAUGUCUCUGCUAGAGGAGUUCUUCAGACAGGGUGACAAAGAAGCAGAAUUAGGGCUUCCCUUCUCUCCACUGUGUGAUCGCAAGUCUACUAUGGUUGCUCAGUCUCAAAUAGGUUUCAUCGAUUUCAUCGUGGAACCCACUUUUACUGUGCUGACUGACAUGACGGAGAAGAUUGUGACUCCGCUCAUCGAUGAAGCGUCCCGCUCUGGCAUGUCUGGGUUCAGGCGUUCCAGUCUGAAUAGCAUUAGUCCCUCUGAAGUUAAAAGAUCAAGUGUCAAGAGCACUGGGUCCGAAGGAAGUGCCUCACUCAACUGCUCCAUACUCACUGUGGACUUCAAAUGUUUUAAAGCCACCUGGACUGAGGUGGUGCAGCAGAACCGGGAGAAAUGGAAAGCACAAGCCACCAAAGAAGAAAAAGCUAAGAAAGAAGCAGAAGAAAAUGUUCAUCAGGGAACAGACGAAAAGAAAGCAGAUGAAAAGGAUGAGAAGAAGCCAGUUGAAGAUGCCACAGCAGCAAAGACAGAGAACAGCAAAGAAGCAAAUCCUGGGGAAAACAAAAGCACAGAUUCCAGUAAGAAUCAUGUAAAUGGGACUCGGCAAACUGGGGUGAACAAACAUGAAGCCUCUCAAGGGAAAAAUGUACCUAAGACAGAUAAGGCAAUGGACUCUCAUUAUGCAGUGGGAGAAGAGAAACAGAAUGUCCAGAAUGGUGAAUUGAAAGAAGACAGUAAGUUGGACAAAAAAGAUCAAUCUAGUGUGGGGGAAGAAUCAAAGAAACCAAAUGAUACGGAAGAGUAAAAAUAUAUUAAAAAGAGACUGCAAAUUUCUUUCGUCAUUUUAGCUGAGCUUCUUCAUUCCUGUUCUGCUUCUGCAAUGACCAGUUUCUGGGGAAGGCAUUAAAAAACUUUCAAACACUCCUCCUCCCACUGAGUACUUCACAGCUAAUGAUUCUGGGUUCUAGGGUGGGGCCUUGGUUUUUGGGUCUGUUUUAUUUUUGUUUGGUUUUUUUGUUUCUGUAUAUCUGCAUUAUUUGUUGGUUUGGGAAGUCGGGGUUUUUUCGUUAAGAAAAAAAAGUGAUGAUUUCCUCAUGCAAAUAGCACCGUUUUUCUGGACAGGUCAAGCAAAUAGAUGAGACUCAUCUUCAAAAACUGGUGUUGCCCUUUUGCUAUGCCUCAGCUUGUGAAAACAGCAUUAGGGUGAUGCAAAAGAGUACAACAACAAAAAAGAAAACUUCACUUUUCCUCUUUUAUUUUCCCCGAGAGCCUUUCCCAAUUGUUGGUAGACAGAAUUUGACAUCAGUUUUAUCCUUGAUGUAGAAGAUUUUGUUAAUAAGAAUGGUGAAUUUGUAGAGUCAUUUGACCGUUUGUUAGGAUUCGAUGUCUUUCCCAGACGGUAGUAAAAUGUUUUUGUUUCUAAACAACAGGUAGACUCACUCAAUCCUUGAUUUUGUUCUGGUUUCACAGUUAGUAAUAGUAAAGGAAUAAUCAAUGAAAGCAAUAUUCCCUUAGGACAGAUUUUAUUGUAAGACUUUGAGAGCACACACUAAUGUGCUGCUUGACAAGCCUGCCUUACCUUGAGAUUACAGGUAAUGAGCCCUUUCCCACAUUUGUUCAUGGGCUACUGGUAAGUGCUCUUUGUUUGACCUGAAGACACAAGAGAAGAAGGGCAGCACAAAAUCACAUGGAUCAAUUCUUACUUUCAUCUCAGUGUGGUCUUCCUUUCAUCACUCACUGAAUGGACAGACCAAAAAUAAGGAAAAGUGUUGCUGAAUAUCUAUGGACAGACAAAGACAAAAUGAGAAAGUGCAUCCUAAAUACACUGCUGGUGUUGGUGGAUAAAACUGUCCUAUCCAGUGGAAAGUAGCCAUCAUUUUUUCCCAUUUAAAAGAAGAAAUGUUUAAAAACUAACUCGCUCAGGCCUUCAUUCAGGAAAGUAUCUAUAUUAGAGCUUGAGUCUCUGUUCCUGCUUAAACUGUGCAUGUACAGGGCCGAGCUUCCCAUGGCACAAGCAAAAAUCACAGCAGUGAUCUCAGCCUAGACCCACAUUUAAACAUGAGUACCUUGUCACUCAGGAGUGUUUGUACCUGGGAUUUUGAUUAUUGAGGCUUGAAACGUUUUGAGGUCUUUUUCUGGACACCAGAGUUUGAGUUUGUUCAAAGCCAAAGACUUAGAUUAGGCUCAUGCUGUGAAAAGGUUGCAAUUCAAUCACGUUUUCACAAGGAAGAAGUACAAAAAUAACUCUUGCAAUUCCGAUAACUUAUAUUUGGCUUCACUGAACCAGCUCAUUUAAAUAAAAUAUAUAUAAGAGCACGUAGUGUUCCCAUUUGUGAGCUCCUCGUUCAAUGGGAGCUGUGGGGUAGGUUUUCUGAGGAAAGCGGGGUGCUGGGAGGACAGUGGCCCCACAGAGCUGAGCACACCCCCUAUAGUGGGAUAGGCAGAGGGCUGUGUCACCACGUAGCACUUUCCCACCUUCCCUUUCCCGUUCUCCAUCAGCAUUCAGCCCUGAUAAGAGCAUGACUUCCAGCCCUGACCAGGCUCUUUGAAGGCACAUCAAUGAAAUAUAAAUAAUGCAGAACUAAAUGCCACAAGAGUGACUCCGUCCCUGCGUAGUCAUCCUUCUCCCUGAAGGCAGGGGGGACAUACCCUCACUGACUGUUUGGUCAGAGCUGCAGGAUGAUUUAGUCAAUAUUUUUUAAGUUAUCCUUACGUAAUACACAGUAACUAAAGAUGCCUUAGAUUAAGCACAGUAGAACAAUAAUAAUUUAAAAAAAAACACUAAAUCUUUUUCUUCAUCUACUUCUGAUAUGUAUUUUCUUUCUGGGAGUGACAUCUUUGAGAGAGCGAAGGCAGACUGCUUAAUUCACAGCUCACCAGGUCUUGUUUCUCAUGCACUGGCACAAAGGUGUGAAAUCAGACUGGAAAAUGUUUUUCCUCGAUUGUUAGGGUUAUUCACCACCAGCAGGAGCUAAUAGGGGAAGUGGUGGAUUUGCCAUCUCUUGGGGACUGCAGAUGAGAGCUGCCAUUCUAGAAGAGAUGACAUAGUCAAAGUUACUGGUCUCAGCACACAGAUAUGCACCAAAAUGUUUUCCAAUAAUCAGUCAAGUCAAUUAGCUCUAACAUUCUCCUGCUCUUUUGAAAUAAUAAGCUAGAGUGGAUCAUUAGCAUUUUUUAGAAAUUUUUGUUGUCAUGUAAAAAGAAAUCCCCAUGAAAUCUUACAGCUUGGAAAUACGAAUAUUGGAAAUAUAUGAAGUGAAAGUGAAAUCUAGAAAUUGGAAUCCUACAAAGAGACUAGGCCAGGUGAAAGCAUCUACUGUGGGGUCCCCUCCCAGCAUCACACCUACCAUUCCCUUGUUCCACCCCCACCACCUCCCUGGGACACUCUGCAGCAUUGUGCUAGUGCAUUGUGAGCCAAGGAACAGUAUGUUUAGACACCUCCCAGUCAAACUAGAGAUCAGCCACUGUGCAAUUGUGUAAAAAAAUAAUAAAUAAAAAAUAAUACAUAAAAAUAAUAAAUAAAAAAUAAUAAAAACUUAAAAAAAAUUACAUAA